UAUAUAGUACAAUAAAAUAACUUUAUACUUUGGGGUUCUUGGUUUCAUUAAGUUAUCUACCGGCAGUUUUCAUCAGAAGUGUUUAUCCACGCGUCAUGGGGAAGCAUAAGAAGAAAAGUCGUAAACAUAAACGCGCUCGAUCAGUCAGUAGUUCUAGUACCGUCAAAAGUUCUGACAGUGAGAGUGCCCGAACCCCGUCACCUCUGCCUCCACAACGCAAGAAGACCAGGAAACUAGAUCGGUCAAGUAAGCCUUUACGCAUAAAUGGACCCGAAACUGUAAGUCACAACAAUACGCCUACUUUGUACAACAUUAUACCCGAGUUUGACCCUCUGAAAGAUGACAUUAAUGCAUGGCUUAGAGUGAUUCAAUCUUACGCAAGUACAUUUUCUUGGUCUGACGAGAUCACCCGUUAUCAGGCUUUGAAUAAACUGAAGGGCUCAGCUAAAGUGUGGUAUGACUCGUUGUUACGCACUGAUCACCAAUGGCCGUCAUGGAAAUGGUCUGAUUGGCAUACUAGGUUGUCUGUUAGCUUUCAAAUUCAAAGGAACAUGUUUGAACUUUUGAAGGAGAUAAUAGAACGAAAACCAGCUGAAAAUCAAUCUCUGUAUGAAUUCUAUUUCGAUCAGAAAUGUAAAAUUGACCGGUUACGUUUAAACUUUUCGGAUCAAGACGUCAUUUCAAUAGUUCUCGGAAAUAUAGGCGACGGAAAUAUUGAAUCCAAUACAUUUAAUUCGUGUGAUCAGUUCGCAAGUUAUUUGCAUAGUCGGACAUACAAAGCAAAAAAACAAACAAACGUUUCACUUCCAAAGGCAAAUCACGUUCAGUCACCUGUCGUUAACACUUCUAGUAAUGCAAGCGUAGCUACAACGACAAGUCGAGCGGUUGCGUCGGGUUCUGUCGGUUCCGUUUCAAACGAGAAUAAUUCACAGGCGCGUAAAACAAUCAAAUGUUUCUUAUGCGGCGGAAAUCAUAAGCGAAUGCAUUGUGACAUAAAGUGUGAGUUUUGCGGGAUAAGAGGACAUAUUGAAUCUACAUGUAAUCGAAAGAAAAAUGUUAAAACGGAACAGAAAUCUGAAAAACCCGAGGUAACAUUUGUGUCAUCUUCAAAUUCUCGAAACAAGUUCGUGAAGAAGGUAGUUCUAAAUAAUGUUUUGGUUCACGAUGCAUUCAUAGAUCCGGGAAGUAGCUGUUCGAUUAUAUCACAGUCAUUAGUAACGAAACAUUGUUUACAGACAGCCGAGUUGCCCUCGCCAGUGACUUUGAACGGGUAUAAAGAACAUUCGUCAAAAAUUGUUACCACUGUUUUGAAGGCAAAUUUAAAACUUGACUCGGUCGAAAUAAACAAUGUGGAGUUUUACAUAAUGGAUGAUCUGGUAGGUUGUGACAUUUUGAUUGGACGGAAUGUGACGGAACGGCCCGACUUGAUGUACUCUCGGAUAGGUGAAGUUUUAAAGUUUGAUUAUGUUAAAACGUUAAAUGAAUUUUGCAAUAGUAUUGGUGAGACUGAACUUGAUGCCGAUUCGAACCAUGCAGAAUUAAUGACAUUGUUUCGAAAAUAUAGUGAUUGUAUAGCCAGGAAUGUGAAGGAAUUAGGCAAAGCCAAUAAUCAUGAAAUGGUUAUCAAUGUAACAGAUCCGCGUCCAAUUCAGUGUAGACCUUUUAGAUCGUCUCCAUCUGAUAGGCAGGUUAUUCGGGAUAUGGUCGAUGAGUUAUUAGCUAACGAUAUAGUGCGACAUAGUGAGUCUCCUUAUGCGAGUCCCGCGCUGUUAGUAAAUAAGAAAAAUGGAGAAAAGCGACUUUGCAUAGAUUAUCGCGCUUUAAACAAGGUCACAGUGAAAAACAAAUAUCCUAUGCCCCGGAUUGAAGAUUUAGUGGAUAGAGUCAUAUUAUUGGCAUGUGUGGUGUCAGGCGCUGACACCGUGCAGCAUGACCGUGUUGGCAACAAUCAAGAAAUGCCACUGACUGCAGCUUCCGGUGGCGGUAUGGCGCGUAAGCGGUGGUUCCGGUCGACAGAGGGCGCCACUCCGUUGAAUAAAACCGGUCUGCACGACGGUGCGCGCUCUCUUGCGGGGUUGGCACUCGACACGAGAACAUCGUCCACACUCUACUAG